CUUCCUUCCCCUUCCUCCCGCCUUCAAAUAUUGGACUCUCUCAUUUCUCAUUAUCAAAACCCUUCACUGAUCACUCUCUUUCUCCUUCUCUCACACUUCCAUUUCUUCCUUCCUCCAUACAAAAGAAAAGAACUAUGUCCACUGUUGAACUCGAUUUCUUCGCCAUGGAAAAUCAAUCCUCCUCCACCCCCGCCAACUCCACUCUCUUCCGCCGUCAACGAAGCUUCAAAGACAUUCAGAGCGCCAUUUCCAAAAUCAAUCCGGCCAUUCUCAAAUCUCUCAUCGUCUCUGGCUCUGCCGAUCAUCACUCCGAUUUCACUGUUCCGUUUGCGAUUUCUCCGAAAUUUCGAAGUCCUAAUAGCGAUCGGAAUCUCUCGACAACACUUCCUGUUUAUUCCCCUUCUGAAUCCAGGUUGAGUUCAGAGAUUGGUUCCGAUGAUAAAUAUCCUUUAACAAUUUUUUACAAUGAAACCGUCGCCGUUUUUCACGUUUCUCGUGAUGAGGCCAAAAGCAUUCUGACUUUUGCUGAAAAGAGUAGGAGCAAUAGUAAUGGAAAAAGUGGGGCUGAACAAGAGAAAUCAGUGGCUGAAAUUCCUUCAAAUCAGUACCAACAACUCCUGGACGUUGAUCCUCAAGAUGAGGAUCUUCCAUUGGCAAGGAAAAGGUCACUUCAUAGAUUUUUGGAGAAGCGCAAGGAGAGGAUUAGGUGAGAAGUUAGUACGUAGGAGUGGUAAAGAUUCUUUACUAAAGUGUGCAACGGGACAUCUAACUCUACCAAGCCGCUUGAUUGGACUUGUUUGGAUCAAGAAUGCUCCAAAUAAAUAAAGUGUUUGUUGAUACCUUUCUUAAAACCCUUAUAAAUAGUCACGUAUUUUUAUUGUAUCCAAUAUUAUCAAAAUAAACUCUAACUAAUUUUGGGAAAGAAUCAUUGUUGUUAAUAGGAGGAAAAAUAGAAGAAAGAGAAAAGGGAGAAGAAAACUCUUACUAAAUGGAAAGAGAAAAAAAAA